AUGGCCGACGUCUCAGUGAGUGACAGCGCAGCGGAGCGUGUCGGAUACAUCACCCGGGUUCAGAGCUUCAGCGCCUGCCACCGGCUCCACAGUAUUCACCUGAGUGACGAGGAGAACAAAAGAGUUUAUGGAAAAUGCAACAAUCCCAAUGGUCACGGACACAACUACAAAGUGGAGGUGACAGUGCGUGGAAAGAUUGAUCGUCUCACUGGAAUGGUCAUGAACCUGACAGACUUGAAGAAGUGCAUUGAGGAUGUCAUCAUGACUCCACUGGACCAUAAAAACCUGGAUAAGGACGUCCCAUACUUUGCCAGUGUUGUCAGCACGACAGAGAACGUGGCUGUUUAUAUCUGGGACAACAUGGUGAAGGUGCUCCCUCCCAACCUGCUGCAUGAGAUUAAGAUUCAUGAGACCGAUAAGAACAUCGUUAUAUAUCGAGGAGAGUAAACAGUGUGCGCUGAUGUAAUAUGAUGUUUGAUCUGGUAGCCCUGGACACGUACAAGUGCCAUGAAUUACUUGUUCAUUUAACGUCACUGUUUGCUGACUCUGGUCAUUCAGGCUGACAGGUUUAUGAAGAUUACAUUUUGGAGUUAAUGUUGUUACACUUGUACUUUAUAGACCAAAGAUUUUGUAGCAGAUGCAGAUGUUUAGUGUUCUUGUAGGAUUUGGUUUGAUUUUGUUUAAUUCUCAAAAAAUAUUUUCAAAUGUCUGAAGAAAUUUGAAGACAAACUUUUUUGAAAUAUGUUAAAAAAUGUAACUUUUUUUUUUUGUACCACACAUGUUUUUCCUGCUUCGUCCCCUAACAUUCAUCUAAUGAUCACUUGGGCUCCGCUCAGCUUGAGAAACCUUUUUUUUUUUAAGGCCUUCACAGGCUGUUUAAGCCAUCCACUGAAUCAGUCAUGUAGCUACAGGAAAUGUGAUUUUUAGUAAAUCAGUUCCAUGUAUAACCAAAUUGCUUUAUCCUUAAGAUGAGCAGUUACACUCCUCAGCUGUGCCUGUCAGACAGGAGGAAGAAUUAUUCUCAUUUAAAGCCAAAAAAUGCUUCAUAAAUAUCAUCUCAACUCUCAAUGAGGUUUGAACCAAUGUUUUACACCCAGACCACUCUGCAGCGCAUCAGAGACACUGUGAAUGGGACACAUAGUGACAUCUAGUGGUACAAUUGUCUAUGAAUGUGUCAUGGUAAACCUGCUUUUAGCAGUGAAGUGGCUACUUGUAAUAAAGAAAAACAAUGGGGUUUUUUUUACAACAAGUGAAUUGAUUAUUGGUUUAAAUGAAUACAUGAAUGAGUGAGUGUGCUUCA